AUGACGCUCGCAGCAGCGGCCAUUAGUGCUGCAACGGCUUUGGCUGCACGACUGUAUAAACUGAACCGUGUAGUAAAGGACGUUACAUGUGGGAAGCGGCUAAGAAGAGUAACUUAUCUAGAAUUGUGGUCACGAGGUCUAGAAGGCUCAUUGUCUCCUAAUGUAGGGACUCUCACCUUCCUUCGUGGUCUUGAUAUGUAUAACAACUUUCAAGGAGCCAUCCCUCAUGAACUUGGUCGUCUUUCCAGGUUACGUUUCCUUUAUCUUAGCGAUAACAAGUUGAAUAGGGUCAUUCCAGCUAACAUAUCUAGUUGUUCUAACCUCAAAACACUUGAACUUUCACAUAACGAGCUAGUUGGAAGCAUACCCAAGGAGAUUGGUUUCCUAUCCAAACUUCUUAUUGUUAAUCUUCGUCUAAACAAGCUAACAGGUGGAAUUCCACCCUUCUUGGGGAAUAUUACAUCAAUAGAAGUGUUCGAUGCUACCUUAAAUCCUUUGGGUGGGAGCAUACAACCUGACAUCUUAUGCCAUUGGAAAAAACCGAAAAUAUUUUCCACAAGUGGUUGUAAUUUAUCUAGAGCAAUCACUCAAGAACUUGGCUGUCUUUCCAAGUUACGUAUCCUUGAUCUUGGAUAUAACAAGUUGAAGGGGUUCAUUCCAUCUAACAUAUCCAAUUGUGCUAACCUUAAAGUGCUUGAUCUUAGCAUAAAUGAGCUAGUUGGAAGCAUACCUAAGGAGAUUCGUUUCUUCCCCAAACUUAUUUAUCUUAAGCUCAGUGAUAAUAAGUUAACAGGUGGAAUCCCACCUUUCUUGGGAAACAUUACAUUAAUGGAAGUGCUCGACGUUAGUGGAAUCCUUUGGGUGGGAGCAUUCCAGACACCUUAG